AGUUAGCAACCGUAAAUUGACUUAAAAACAGCUUUUUGAGGUUAAGGAAACCUGUUGCUGCACGAACUCGCUUCCCGUUCUAUAGCCAGUUGUAAACAAUAACCAACCCCUAAUUGCCACCCACCUGUUAACGGUUAGACGUGCCGUGGCGCACAGCGAGGCAGCAACCACCGGUGGCACAGUUAACGGCCAUUGUUUGGGUACGCGCGUCCUAGCAACGGUUGCAAGGCUGUCAACCGAAGUGUAACCACAACAGAGAAAACUGUCAAACAGAACAAAGAAAAAUUUCACAAAGUGCAAAUACGGAAAAUUUAGUAAAACUAAAAAUAAUUUCUAAAAUUAAAAUCUGCGAGAAUGCAAUUAAAGUAUUUGAAGACUCUCCUCGAGGGUCAGGAACAAUUGAAUCGCAUUGCUGGUCUCGCUUGGUCACCGAAUCAUCAGAAAUUGGCCAUCGCCACUGCUGACCGGCACAUCCUGCUCUUCGAUGAUGCUGGCGAACGACGUGAUAAGUUCUCAACGAAACCAUCGAACCCAGCGAAUGGCAAGAACUCUUAUGUUAUACGCGGUCUCGCUUUUAGUCCGGACUCUACUAAAUUGGCUGUGGGUCAGAGUGACAACAUCGUCUAUGUGUACAAGUUGGGCGACUCUUGGAAUGAUAAAAAAGUUAUCUGUAAUAAAUUUCCACAAGCGAAUGCAGUUACUGCUUUGAUUUGGCUGUCCACCGGGUCUAUCAUUGCCGGUCUCGAUGAUGGCAAAGUGCGCGCACUACAUUGCAAAAGUAAUAAAUCUCAGAGUUUAUAUGCCGCUGAAAGUAUCUGCAUAUCUUUAGCGUCUAAUACCAAAGGCACCGGCUUUCUCUCGGGACACAAUGAUGGCACAAUAAUACGUUACUUUGUCACCGAUGACGCCAAUGAGACCUCCGGACGUUUAGUACAACAUCCAGUGCCGCCGUUUGCUUUGGCUUGGCCGCAAGGGGGCUUCUGUGCUGGUGGCUGUGAUCAAAAAAUUGUAUUCUACGACACUGUGGGUCGUCCUGUCCGUACUUUCGAUUACUCACGCAACGAUCGUGAGAUCACUGUAGCUGCCGCAAGUCCCAACGGCCAGGCUGUAGCAUUUGGUAGUUACGAUAAGAUACGCAUAUUCGCCUGGAGUCCACGUUUAGCUGAUUGGAAUGAGAGCGCCAUUAAGGAGAUCAACCAUUUCUAUACAGUCACGUGUGUGCAGUGGCGUCGCGAUGGCGCACGCUUGGCGAUCGCUUCUGUGACCGGCGCUGUCAUACUCUUUGAGUCCGUAUUGAAACGUACAAUUUGGCAAGACAAAUUCGAGUUGAUAUUCGUCGCACCCAGCCAACUGUUGGUGAAGUCACUGCAGGAGCCAGCCGAACAGAUGACUAUUGAAUCUCAACUCGGUCUCGAAAUUGAUGAUGUACGCAUAAUGGGCAAGGACAAUUAUUUGGUGGCACGCACCGAAGACUCUAUGAUCCUCUGUGAUUUGACGCGGAAUUUAGUUAGUGAAGUGCCGUGGACAACGUCGGGCCGACACGAACGUUUCUAUUUCGAAAAUCCAAAUGUUUGCCUGAUUUUCAAUGUGGGCGAACUGAGUCUCGUUGAGUAUGGUGAAAGCGCAAUCUUGGGCUCCGUGCGUACAGAGUUUGUCAAUCCACAUGUUAUCUCCGUGCGUCUAAAUGAGCGUGGCAAUACGAAAAACAACAAGAAACUCGCGUUUUUGCUCGACGCUAAGACCAUUUGCAUUGUGGAUCUUAUAAACCAAGUUAUUAUUGGUCAGGUCAGCCAUGAGACUAAAAUCGACUGGAUCGAGUUGAGCGAGACGGCACAUAAGCUUUUGUUUCGUGAUAAGAAACUCAGACUAGUGCUGAUCGACAUAUAUACGGCCAAAAAACAAACCCUACUCUCGAAUAUCUCAUUCGUGCAGUGGGUACCACAAAGCGAUGUCGUCGUAGCUCAAAACAAUAACAAUUUGGCGGUAUGGUAUAAUAUCGAUCUACCCGAACAUGUCACGCUCUUGGCUAUACGUGGCGAUGUGAUUGAAGUAGUGCGUGAUUCGGGUCGCACUGUAGUUCGUUCACAGGAGGGACCAGCAGAACACACCUAUCAAUUGGAUGAAGGUUUGGUUGAGUUCGGCACCGCUGUUAACGAUAGUGAUUUCGGACGCGCAAUACACUUUUUAGAAACACUCGGUGACAAGCCAGCCGCUAAGGCGAUGUGGCACAAUCUGGCCGUCAUAGCCAUUGAAGAUGGUAAUCUCCGUGUGGCUCAGCGUUGCUACGCCGCACUGGGUAAUGUAUCCAAAGCUUACUAUUUAAAUGAAAUGAUUGAAGAAGCAGACAAGUUUGAAGAGUCCACUGGCACACCGGGCAUUAUGUGUCCGGAGGUGCGCGCCAAGCUUGCACUGUUGAAUUCUGAUCUGCGUACGGCGGAGCGUAUUUACUUGGAGCAGGGAGACAUCGAAGCUGCUUUGGAAAUGUAUAAGAAACUGCGCAUGUGGGAUGAAGCGGUCAAUUUGGCGGAGCGCCGUGGCUAUGGUGGUCUACAACAAUUGAAGGAAGAACAAAUGGAGUUUCUCAUGUCUACCGGACAGGAAGAAAAGGCCGGACAGGUAUUAGAAGAACAAGAUGAGCCUGAAAAGGCACUAAAUCUCUUCUUAAAAGCCAAUAAACCAGCGCGGGCUGCACGUUUGGCCAUGAAGACGCCUCAUAUCAUGGAUGAUCAACAACUAAUGUUGAAAAUUACAGAAGGAUUAAUAAAUUGUGAACUCUAUGAGAUGGCCGGCGACAUUGCACUUAAGCUUUCACGUCCUGAGGCUGCAAUGGGUUUGUAUCGCAAAGGUGGCGCCUACGCACGAGCACUCGAUUUGGCGCGUGAAGUGGCACCCGACAAUGUGACGAGCUUGGAAGAGGAAUGGGGCGAUUGGUUGGUAGCUCGUAAACAGCUGGACGCCUCUAUCAACCACUACAUUGAGUCCGGCGCUACGCAGAAGGCGCUCGAGGCAGCAGUCGGUGCGAAACAAUGGCGGAAAGCGGUUCAAAUAGCCAAAGUGCUCGAUGAACCUGAAGAAAUUCAACGUUACGCAUUGGAUCUCUCAAAGCAUUUGGCAUUUUCUGGUGAUGUAGAUGGCGCUGAAGACUUACUCGUACGCGCUAAUAUGUUUAAGGAAGCUAUCGAGCUGCUCAAUCGCCAUGGUAAGUGGGAGCGAGCUUAUGCGAUUAGCGAGAAACAUCUACAGGCCGAAGAAAUGCAUGAUUUAUUCGUAAACUUGGCAGCAACACUGGAAGAACAAGGCAAGUACCGUGAUGCAGAGAAAGUUCUUUUAGCUGUAUCCGAGCCCGAUUUAGCAAUCGCCAUGUAUAAACGUCGUGAACUUUAUGAUUCCAUGAUACGUCUUGUCGAACGAUUCCAUAAGGAUCUACUCGAUACAACGCACCUACAUCUGGCUAGACAGCUGGAGUCCAAAGGCAAGUUCAAAAUCGCCGAAGUGCACUUCAUUGCCUCAGGGGAUUGGAAGUCCGCAGUGCAUAUGUAUUGCUCAUCGGGUCGUUGGGAAGACGGUUAUCGUGUGGCUAAACAGAAAGGUACGGAGGGUGCAAGUAACCAGGUUGCAUAUAUGUGGGCGAAGUCAAUGCCGAUUGAAAGCGCUGUGCGCUUACUCACUAAACUCGGGCUGCUGGACACAGCAGUUGGUUUCGCUUGUGAUUCUGGACAAUUCGAUUUCGCUAUGGAUCUUUGCCGUUUGGCGGGCAAAUCGACAGAUGAAGUGCACAUGAAGAUCGCUAUGUCGCUGGAAGAUGAGGGGAAGUUCGAAGAAGCUGAGGUGGAGUUUAUCAAAGCCAAUAAGCCAAAAGAGGCCAUACUCAUGUACACACAUGCGGGCGAUUGGAAGGCGGCUUUGAAUGUAGCAGAGCAACAUCUACCGGAGGCCGUCAAUGACAUACUAAUUGGUCAGGCUUCGGCCGCUUUAGACACGCGCAACUACCCCGACUAUGAGGCGCUGCUGUUGCGUGCUCAACGUCCGGAUUUGAUAAUUGAGCAUUACAAGAAUGAAGGCAUGUUUGAUGAGGCACUACGCAUAGCCGAGGAACACUAUCCGUCGGCAAUGAAUGAUUUGCGCCGUCUGCAGGCGCAGGAACAGCGCCGUAAUAAUGAGCGGAAUGACGAUUCACGUGCUUAUCUGCAAAAGGCAGCUGAAUUUGCAAAGCGCGAAGAGUUUCGCAAAGCCGCUGAGUGUCUUAUGCAAAUUGAUUCAUCAAAUACGGACGAUGCGGCGGCAGUAGAGCGUGCGCUCAUAAGAGCCGCGGAAAUAUGUAACCAAUUCUUGGAGGGUAAAGAUGCUAUUGAGGUGGCCACUCAGUUAGGACCACGUCUAUUGCAAAUCAAACAAAUUGGACCAGCUGCUCAGCUAUAUCUGGCCGCAGAUAUGCCCAAAGAUGCCGUGGAGGUUUUCAUACGAGCCGAACAAUGGUCGAAGGCACGACGUCUAGCCAAGGAGUUAGAUCCCGAACUCAUGACUUACGUGGAGCAGCAACAAAAGUCCCGACUCAAGACCGAAGGCAAUGUGGAGCAAUUGGCUGACAUCGACAUUAUGAGCGCUUUGGAUAUGCUCGCUGAGCAAGGUCAGUGGAUGCGCUGCUUGGACAAGGCUAAACAAAUAAAUGCUGCAGUUUUGCAAAAAUACGUCGCUCUUUAUGCAGCGCAACUAAUACGUGAAGGUGACUGUGUAACGGCAUUGAGUCUCUAUCUAACUUAUGGCGCUCCGCCUUUAGAGGCUAAUUUCAAUAUAUACACACGCAUCGCAAUGGAUUGUUUUGCCUUACGCGAGGAGCAGGCUAAAGAUGAUCAGUGGAGAAGCUUACGUGAUUUCCUCUAUAAACUAUUGAAGUCACUACAAUCUUCGGAGCAUGCGAAGACUCAAAUUGCGCAGAAUGUGGAGAAAUUUCUUUUAAUUAGUCAUUUCUAUGCUGUGCGUGCCGCCUGUAGGCCGGUUCAGUCUUUACAACCGAUUGCGGCACGCAUCUCCAUAGCUCUGUUGCGCUACACGGAUGUCAUACCGGUAGACAAGGGUUUUUAUGAGGCCGGCAUCGAUUUGCGUAAUGCUGGUCGUGAAGCUGAGGCUUUUGUUAUGCUUAAUCAUUACUUGGAUGUGUGUGAAGCUAUUGAGGAAGGUUCUGGUCAUCUAGUAGAUCAUUCAGAUUUGGCGGCCACAGAUUUUCCCAGCUCGGUACCUUUGCCGGAGGACUUACAUUUAAAGAACGAUCCUAAUUUGCAUGAAGAGGUGCGUGAAUGGGUGUUGGCCAUCAGUAUGGAUCAGCAAGUGGAUCAGUUACUACCUACCGACGACCGCGGCUUGUAUGAGUCAGCAUUGGCACCGGACGAACAAACUUGCAUAUUGAGUGCAUAUCCAGUACGUGGACGACAGCCAGUCACUUUUCAAUCGUCUAAUCGACAAGCCAAUCGUGAUGUUUGGAGUAAAUUUACAGUGGCUCUAAAAAUGUCGCCUGGCAGCAAGGUGGCAGAUAUAAUUGCGUUCGUCGAGAAGUGGAAUGGUCAAGCUAACAGUUCAAUGCAUUAAUUUAAUUAAAUGAAACCAAAGGAUUGUAAUUUGAUAACAUCUUGAGUGACAGUCACUAUUAGGGAUAAGAAUAAAAUUAUAUUUAUUGUCCCAUUGAUUCGCUUUAUCUGCAAAUAAAGAGUACAUACAUUGUU